CGCUUCGCCUCUCAUUGCUUCGCUCGCCUGCAUGCAGCCAUUGAAAGUAGUUCAGUACACGUAGACCUAGUGCAGCCAUUGCUAUACGCACAACUAUACCUACAAUAUAGGUGAGAUCCACAUUUUUGUGACGCACGAAUCUAUCACAUGCACGCCUUCCAGGCUCCAAACUCGUCACUGUUGCGGUUCUUGUUCUUUCCGUGCGAAGCAGCACCCAGCAGCUUCGCGGAGGGAAGACUAUUCGCAAGCCGCUUGCAUUCCCCAGGAAGCACGCAUCGUGCGUGAGGAGGCCCGCCAUGAGGAGGCCCGCCAUGGGCUCGGGCGCGGCUGGCGCGGGAAGCCAUUGGCUCGGCGCGCUGUUCGUACUGCUGACGUGUCUCGUGGCGGUUUCUCCCGUCCUCUGUGCGCCGGACGCCGCCUCCCAAAUGCAAAUCCUGCUGGACUUCCAGCAGGCGUGGGGGCAGACCUUCUCUGGGUGGGUGGCUGGGGGGAGCUGCGGCUUUGCCAGCCAUGUGACGUGCGAUGCACGGGGCAUGAUCACCAGCAUGGUUCUAGAUAACCAAGGCUUAACUGGAUCCAUCCCAUCCGGUAUCGGCAGCAUGAUCAGCCUGACUAACCUAGAUCUCCAUGGGAACAAACUUAGUGGAUCAUUACCCUCAGGCAUUGGCAAUCUCCUCAAUCUGGGCUAUUUGGAUCUGGGUUAUAAUGCAUUGACUGGGUCGAUCCCAUCUACCAUUGGCGGCAUGAGCAGCCUCACUUCCCUGAAUUUAGCCUCGAACUUCAUCUCGCACUCCAUCCCAGAGUCCCUUGGCAACCUCAGCAACCUGCAGUAUUUAUUCCUUGACCACAACAGUUUAGGAGCCACCAUUCCAGACUCCGUCAGCAACCUUGUAUAUCUCUUGGCACUUGAUGUCAGCCAAAACAAACUCACUGGCCAGCUCCCCCCAUCAAUGGGCAGCCUUACCCGUCUCUCUGAACUGAACAUAUCAGGCACUGCAAUAACAUGCCCACCUGAUUACAGCGGCUGUGUGGUCGCACAGAAUGCUUCUAGCGCUUUUUGCACACAAUGCCGCUCCUUCUGCACCACAUGUGGCUCUUCCGAGUCUGGAGGCGGCCUGUCAGUAGGCGCCAUAGCUGGCAUUGCUACUGGUGUCGGCGUGCUUGUCCUUGUCCUUCUGCUGCUGGGGCUGUUGCUGUGCAAGCGGUGGCGCACCAAAGGGACAGCAGCAAGAGGAGAUGCCGAAAUUGCACACCAAGACACACGCACUGAGAACAAGGAGCCAGAAGCAGGAUGGGCGGCAGUAUCAGCAGCAGAAGCAGCUGGUGGUGGUGGUGUGGGACAGGAUAUGGAGGCACGGCCAGAUGUGUGUCAAGAAUACUCCCUGGCUGAGAUGGCAGAGGCAACAUCGGAUUGGGCAGAGGAGAACAUAAUUGGCAGCGGCAGCUUCGGGGAUGUGUACAAGGGGGUGUGUCCCUAUGACUGCAAUCAAACCUGGGCAGUCAAGCGUGCUCGAGUGCUCACUAAUGACUUCCACACUGAGAUGAAGGAGAUGGCAAGCAAGCACCACCCUCAUCUUGUACGGCUGUUGGGCUACUGCAUUGACUUCGACCCGUCCUCACGAAAGAUGGAGCAGGUUCUAGUAUACGAGCUCAUGCAGAACAACAAUCUCGAGACCUGGAUUGGACCCGAUGUCUCCAAUCCCCUUUCUCUGCAGCAGCGCCUGGAUAUACUGAUCGGAGUGGCAAGGGGGCUGCAGUACCUGCAUGACUUUGGCAUUGUGCAUCGCGACAUCAAGCCAGCCAACAUUCUCCUAGAUGCAAGGAUGCAGGCCAAGAUUGCAGACUUUGGGCUUGUGAAGCUGAGUGGAGGCACUUCCAUGGACACCUCAUCUUUGGCUGCCACUCGAGUGAUGGGCACACCGGGCUAUGUGGACCCCGCCUACUACAUGUCUCACAAAGCUACUCCUGCUGCAGAUGUGCACAGCUUUGGCAUGGUGAUGCUGGUUAUCAUCACAGCUCGCAAGGCGGUUCAUGUAACAGGGGACACCCAGAUCAACCUGAAGCAAUGGGUGGCUCCACUCAUAACAUCCAAUGCAGUGACGGCACUCAAGGACCCUCACUUGGACGCAACGGAUGAUCUCGUGCUGCGCUUGGCCCGCCUUGCCCUCUCCUGCACUGCCAUGCCCAGUGCCUCCCGCCCCGCCAUGAGCCAAGUGCUGGUAGAGCUGGGGAAGGUGAGGGAGGAGGUUUUGGGAGCACAGGCGAACAGGGCUGCAACUCGUAUUGACGAUGAAAUUGACACCUCAGGUCGUGAGGACUUUGAUGCUGAGAUAGCCCGUGCAAAAAACAUGGGCGUGUCAUCUGGUUCAUCCAAAAGUGCGUAGAGCAAUGCUGUUUCAUUGAACUAAAAUACUAUGACUUCUUGAGACCUAUGGUACCGUAUUCCCCCCGUUUAUAACACCCUAGGGUAUUGUCAA